GAGCACAGCUUUUCCACAGAGCCAUAACUUCAUGUGCUGGAGAUUCUGCAAUGUCUGUGACUGGGAUCAAUGGCACAGAGAUUUUCAUCAUGAUGUGAAGAGGGAAUUAAACUCAGUUUUCUGUCUGAUAAACGUCUGGAUUCACUUCAAACUGAACUUGGAACAGUAAAUGCGCACUUUGUUUUUCAUCAUACGCUGUGUGUGGAUGUUCACGAUGGCUUUACUGUGGCUCUUUCUGUUGAUCAGAGGAAAUCUGACUGAAACUCUCUGAAAUACAAAGCUGAACGAUAAAGCGAAGUUUCACAGCUGUGAAGUCACCACUUGGACAGGCGGCUCAGGAUGAGAAGAUGGCAGCCAUACUGUUUCCACCGGGUCCUGACAGUCUACACCGGUUCACUCGUGAGUCCCUGGCUGGAAUCGAACAGCGGAUCGCUGAGGAACAGGCCCGGAAUGCCAAAGAGUAUCAGGAGGACCUGGGUGACGUGGAGCCGCCCAAGCCCCGGCCCGACCUGGAGGCCGGCAAGCAGCUCCCUCGAAUCUUUGGAGACAUUCCGUCUGGACUGGUGGGCGUCCCUCUGGAGGAUAUUGACUCGUUUUACUUCCAGAACAAGAGAACAUUUAUAGUACUGAACAAAGGGAAGGCCAUCUUCCGCUUUAGUGCCACUUCUGCACUCUAUAUCUUUAGCCCUUUUCAUCCUGUGAGAAGAGCGUCGAUAAGGAUUUUAGUACACUCUUUAUUCAGUCUUUUCAUUAUGUGCACUAUUUUGACCAACUGUUGUUUUAUGGCCAUGUCUGAACCAGCACAGUGGGCCAAAUAUGUGGAAUACACUUUUACUGGUAUUUACACGUUUGAGUCAUUGAUCAAAAUCCUGGCGCGAGGUUUCUGCAUCGGGCCUUUCACCUUCCUGAGAGAUCCGUGGAACUGGCUGGACUUCAGCGUGAUUGUUAUGGCAUAUGUUACUGAGUUUGUGGACCUGGGCAAUGUCUCAGCGUUACGGACAUUCAGGGUUCUGCGCGCGCUGAAAACUAUCUCAGUCAUCCCAGGUCUAAAGACUAUCGUUGGAGCUCUGAUUCAGUCUGUGAGGAAGCUGGCGGAUGUCAUGAUCCUCACCGUCUUCUGCCUCAGUGUAUUCGCUCUCAUCGGCCUCCAGCUCUUCAUGGGAAACCUGCGGCAAAAAUGCGUCCGCAGCACCGCACACUGUCUCAACACCACCAUACACUCAUACGACAACAGCACUUUCUUCUGCAAUAACAAAACCUGGUCCUCAAUGCAAGACUUCCUCAUUAAUGAAGAUAAUUACUUCAAAGUGGAAGGGGCUAAGGAUGCCUUAAUAUGUGGAAACGCAAGUGAUGCGGGGAAAUGUCCGGAUGGUUAUGAAUGUUUGAAGACAGGACGAAACCCAAACUACGGCUACACAAGCUUUGACACCUUUGGCUGGGCUUUUCUCUCGCUCUUCAGACUGAUGACUCAAGAUUACUGGGAAAACCUCUAUCAUCACACGCUACGGUCGGCAGGAAAAGCGUACAUGGUGUUUUUUGUGGUGGUGAUCUUUCUGGGUUCUUUCUAUCUGGUGAAUCUGAUCCUGGCUGUGGUGGCCAUGGCCUACGAAGAGCAGAACCAGGCCACCAUCGCUGAAGCCCUACAGAAGGAACAGGAGUUUCAGAUGGCCAUGGAACAGCUGAAGAAAGAACAGCAGCAGGCGGCUCAGAAAGCACAGGAAACCGAAUCUAUUUUGACCGAAAAUGUGUCGCCCUUCUUCUCACAAGACAACCGAGGGAAUCUGGACCGAAGGAAAAUCUCGAGGCCGAUGUCGGAGGGAACAGAAGAUUGCAGUAAUGACAAAAACGCAAAGCUGGACACUAUAGAGGGAAUGAAGACACGUUCUUUGUUGGUCCGAACUCUCUCCCUGCGGGCCAGGCGUGAAAGUCAGGUCAGCAUCUUUAAUUUUCGACCACCGCACAAGAACUCGGAGCUGGAUUUUGCAGACGACGAGUUUAGCAAUCAUGGAGAUUCAGACAGUCGGGGCGGAUCGCUGGCAUUGCCCUGGAACCGGCGGCGGACGAGCGCACAGAGUACCUGCAGUCACACCUCACAGUUUUUCUUUCCCAGUCUCAACAUCAACGGGAAACUGUUUGUCGCCAUCGAGCAGAACGGAGUCUCAGGUCAGGGGCCGGUGUCUCCUCUGCCAAUACCAGCGUGCACCAUGGAGAAGGUCAAAGAGGAAAGUGGACACAACUCCACCAAUGAACUGAGCAGUAUGCUUCUGCCCCAACUGCCCCAGGAGAGGCGAGACCGGGCCCUUAGUGCCACCAGCUACAUCACUGACGCCAUGGAAGAACUAGAGGAGGCUCAGCAGAAGUGUCACCCGUGCUGGUACGGUUUUGCACACAAGUAUCUGGUGUGGACGUGUUGUCCCGGCUGGCUGAAGUUGAAGGAAUGGAUGAAGAUUAUGGUGAUGGAUCCCUUUCUUGAUCUGGCCAUCACCAUCUGCAUCGUUCUCAAUACGCUCUUCAUGGCACUGGAACAUUAUCCAAUGACAGACGAGUUCAACAAGAUGCUGUCUGUGGGAAACCUGGUCUUCACUGGGAUCUUCACAGCUGAGAUGGUUUUAAAGAUCAUCGCUUUGGAUCCGUAUUUCUAUUUUCAGCAGGGCUGGAACAUUUUUGACAGUCUGAUUGUCAGUCUGAGUCUGAUGGAGUUGGGUUUGUCCAACGUUGAGGGUCUGUCUGUCCUCCGCUCCUUCAGACUGUUGAGAGUCUUCAAGCUGGCAAAGUCAUGGCCGACACUCAACACGCUAAUAAAGAUCAUUGGGAACUCUGUAGGAGCUUUAGGAAACCUCACGCUGGUGCUGGCCAUCAUCGUCUUCAUCUUCGCCGUGGUGGGCAUGCAGCUGUUCGGCAAGAACUACGAGUCUUGCGUCUGUAAGAUUUCUAAGGACUGUACUCUUCCUCGCUGGCACAUGAAGGACUUCUUCCAUUCGUUCCUCAUCGUGUUUCGGGUCCUGUGCGGCGAGUGGAUCGAGACCAUGUGGGAUUGCAUGGAGGUCGCCGGACUGCCGCUCUGCAUCCUUGUCUUCAUGCUGGUCAUGGUGAUCGGGAACCUCGUGGUCUUGAAUCUCUUCUUGGCCUUGCUCCUCAGCUCUUUCAGCGCCGACAACCUCUCGGCCCCGGACGAAGACGGCGAGAUGAACAACCUGCAGAUCGCCAUCGCCCGCAUCCAGCGCGGGAUCUUCUGGCUGCGACAGGUCCUCUGCGACUUCUUCAACGGGAACUUCAAGCGACGACGGCAGAAGGCCAAAGAGGCUAAAGCCAUGCUGAAGCUCAAACGUCUCAGCCAGCAGGCGCACUGGGCGGAGGGCAACGGGACGGCCGGAGUCAUCGAGCGAGGCGGCGAGGAUGACAGCUACAUGACCAAUCCUCACCUGACCAUCAGCGUACCCAUCGCGCCCGGAGAGUCGGACGUGGAGUUCCCUGAGGAAGAGGAGGAGGAGGAAGAGGAGGAUGCUAGCGAGAGCUCGGAAGAGGAGAGGGAGGAGCCUAAACCGAAGGAUGACACCAGCCUAUCAGAGGGCAGCACGAUUGACCUGAGGAAACCCGGCGAGGAAGAGGAUGAAUACUCUGAGAUGGCUGAAGAAGCUAUGGAGCCAGAGAACUGUUUUCCUGAUGUGUGCAUACGGCGGUUUCGGUGCUGUGACAUUAACACAUCUGAAGGUUUGGGACGAGCCUGGUGGCGUCUGAGGAAGACGUGUUAUCAGAUUGUGGAGCACAGCUGGUUUGAGACCUUCAUCAUCUUCAUGAUCCUCCUCAGCAGCGGAGCUCUGGCUUUCGAAGACAUUUACAUUGAACAGAGGAAAGUGGUAAAAGUGGUGCUGGAAUACGCAGAUAAAAUCUUCACCUACAUCUUUAUCUUGGAAAUGAGUUUAAAGUGGAUCGCUUACGGCUUCAGGAAAUAUUUUACCAACUACUGGUGCUGGCUGGACUUUCUGAUCGUGGAUGUGUCACUAGUCAGCCUUGUAGCAAACACGCUCGGUUACUCGGACUUCGCUGCCAUCAAAUCACUCAGAACGCUGAGAGCGCUCAGACCACUGAGAGCGCUGUCCAGAUUUGAAGGCAUGAGGGUGGUGGUUAACGCUCUGAUCGGCGCCAUUCCGUCCAUCAUGAACGUGCUGCUGGUGUGUCUGAUCUUCUGGCUCAUCUUCAGCAUCAUGGGCGUCAACCUGUUCGCCGGGAAGUUCGGCCGCUGCGUCAACCGAACGGGCUUCAUCUACAACUCCUCCUACAUCAACAACAAGACCGAGUGUCUGGCCUUGAACAGCACGCAGUACUACUGGACCAAAGUUAAAGUCAACUUCGACAACGUGGGAGCCGGGUACCUCGCGCUGCUUCAAGUGGCCACGUUUAAGGGUUGGAUGGAGAUCAUGUACGCCGCAGUCGACUCUCGAGCUGUGGAGGAACAGCCCAUUAAAGAGAACAGCCUGUAUAUGUACCUUUACUUUGUCAUCUUCAUCAUCUUUGGCUCCUUCUUCACUUUAAAUCUCUUCAUUGGUGUCAUCAUUGAUAAUUUCAACCAGCAGAAACGAAAGAUAAGGGGGCAGGACAUCUUCAUGACAGAAGAGCAGAAGAAAUAUUAUAAUGCUAUGAAAAAACUCGGAUCCAAAAAACCACAGAAACCAAUCCCAAGACCUCCUAACACAUUUCAAGGAUUCUUCUUUGACCUGGUCUCCAAACAAGCGUUUGAUAUCAUCAUAAUGCUGCUCAUCUUACUCAACAUGGUGACCAUGAUGGUAGAAACCGAUGAGCAGUCUCCUAACAUCGAGUACAUCUUAUACUACAUUAACCUGGCCUUCAUCGUCGUCUUCACCACCGAGUGCAUCAUUAAAAUCAUCGCUCUGCGCCAUUACUACUUCACCAUCAGCUGGAAUAUCUUUGACUUUGUGGUUGUCAUUCUCUCCAUUGUGGGUAUUGUCCUCGCAGACAUCAUUGAAAAAUAUUUUGUGUCGCCCACGCUGUUUCGAGUCAUUCGAUUGGCUAGAAUAGGACGGAUCCUUCGACUCAUCCGAGGGGCCAAAGGAAUCAGAACGUUGCUCUUUGCUUUAAUGAUGUCAUUGCCUGCAUUGUUCAAUAUCGGUCUUCUGCUUUUCCUCGUCAUGUUCAUCUACGCCAUCUUCGGCAUGGCCAACUUCGCCUACGUCAAGAAGCAGGGCGGCAUCGACGACAUGUUUAACUUCGAAACUUUCGGCAACAGCAUGAUCUGCCUCUUCCAGAUUACCACCUCGGCGGGUUGGGACAACUUACUCAGUCCCAUACUGAAUAACUCGCCUGAGGAAUGUGAUCCGGAUAUACCGCACACAGGCACCAACGCCCGCGGGAACUGCGGAAAUCCCUCGGUGGGCAUCACCUUCUUCGUAACCUACAUUAUUAUUUCUUUCCUCAUCGUGGUCAAUAUGUACAUUGCGAUUAUUUUGGAGAAUUUCAGCGUGGCGACGGAGGAAAGCACCGAACCGUUGAGCGAGGACGAUUUCGAGAUGUUUUACGAGGUUUGGGAAAAGUUCGACCCGGAAGCCACGCAGUUCAUCGAGUACUCCAAGCUCUCGGACUUUGCGGACACGCUCUCCGAACCGCUCCGCAUUGCCAAGCCCAAUAAAAUCAAACUUAUUUCCAUGGACCUCCCCAUGGUGAGCGGAGACAAGAUACACUGUUUGGAUAUCUUAUUCGCUUUCACCAAACGCGUACUGGGUGAGUCGGGCGAAAUGGACGCCUUGAAACAGCAGAUGGAGGAGAAGUUCAUGAUGGCCAACCCGUCCAAGAUCUCCUACGAGCCCAUCACCACCACCCUGAGGCGUAAACAAGAGGAGGUGUCCGCCAUCGUGAUACAAAGAGCGUACAGGAGACAUCUAAUGAGGCAGCAGAUGAAACAAGCCUCAUUACUCUACCGUCAGAUCAACACGCCCGGCACCGCCAAAGACGACGACGUCACGCCGGGGGACGAGGGACUCGUGGCCUCCAUGAUCCUGGAAAACUAUGGACCCGAAGUCGAGAUCACGGAGACGUUGUCGUUGACGUCUUCGCCCCCGUCGUACGACAGCGUGACGAGAGCCACCAGCGAACUUUUCCAAGCUCUUAUGCCGGAGGCCAGAAACACGGACCUGAGCGAAACUUUUCCUUCACCGGACAGAGACCGCGAGACGUUUCUGUGACGGACCAGGCGGACCCCGUUUCUUUUUGUUUACCGAAUGUAACGUACUGUAGUUCAAAUCAUACAUGUGGUUGUGCGUUUUGUAAAAAAGAAAAGCGGUUUGAAUACACAAAAGAGGAACGAGCACUGACAUGCUCAUGAUGCACACGCUCACAGUUUGAUGAAUACAUGAAUGAGAUAACCAUGGAGGUGAUUAUAUCAGGCUAUAAUAAUCCCAAACACAUCAGCCUGACAGUAAGGUCUUACUUAAUUCGGCUUUUGUAGAAGAAGAAAUCAGGACUGUGAUCCUAUAGUGCUACAUCCGUGUCAAUGUCAUAGGUUCAUAAUUCAUGUCAUUUGGGGACACAUGACGAUUACCUCUUUCUAUUUGUCGCUAGCGAUGAAAAACGGUGUGGUGAGACUUCAGAAUUUUUGCUGGUUUGGACUAAGAGUAUUUGCUCUUUUUGUUGGCAAACGAUAUUUCGCUUUUGUUCCCAGGUGUCGAUACAAGGUGCAGUAACCAGUAAAAGACAAUCAGACGUGCACCGGAUCCCAUCACACGCUUAAAACCUCUUUGUCUUUACUUAUUUUUAGCAAAAGACAGCACAUGCUCAUUUAUUAUUGGUUUCUAUUGUGAAGUAUUUAUUUUGCAUGUAAAAAAAACUGCAUGGAGGCAUAUAAAGAUAACCACUUUCUUUUUAAAGCCGAAAAAAUUGUUUUGCACACUAUACGUUCAGCAAUAAUUUGAUACGUUUAGGUAUAAAUGGUAAAGAUAAUAUUUAUUGGAAUUAAAAAGGUGUCAAAGUUUCUACUGUAACGGCUUUCGGCUGUAACUGUGGCUUACAUUACUAGUGAAGAAUAUAGCACAUGUGUUUUUCUAAUUCAGACGUACGAUGAGAUAUCAGUCCGCUUGAACGCACAGUUCACUCGGGUUGGCAGGUUUGGUGAAGGGCUGUUUUAUGUAGCAAUAGUUCCCAAGUGUGCCUGAUAGAACUGAAACCUCCUGUGUUUAUCAUUCAACUUUCAGUAAUGCAUUUGAUCCUUUUGUAAAUCAUUACACCAUAAAUGCCAUCAAACUGAGAAACGGCCAUUGACUGAUCUUUAUGAGAAUAUAUGACGAUGAUGAUGAUGAUGUUUCUGUAUGUCAUGUUUGUAUGGUGACGAUAGAUUGUGCCAUUAUUACAGUACGUACUAGUGAUGCGCGGGUCAGGGAUUUUUCCCUUUUAGGAAAAUAUUUGGUCCGCCUGCACACUCUUUACUGUUUACAACCCACACCCGUGACUAUUAAAUAGACAAAAUAGGUCUUGUAAUGUAAAUGAAAACAGGCUUUAUUUCAGCCUCAAAGUGCUUGAAAGCAGACAUUAAAUGACAUCGCCUACACUGCAAAAAAUGACUUUCAAGAAAAAAGAUUCUUAGUAUUUUUGUCUUGUUUUCAGUAAAAAUAUCUCAAAAUUCUUAAAUUAAGAUGCUUUUUCUUGAUGAGCAAAACGACCCAAGAAAAUAAUUCUACUUUUUAGACCAAAAAUAUCACAUUUAAGUAAUUUUGUGCAUAAAAUAAGCAAAAAAUCUGCCAAUGGGGUAAACAAAUUUUACUUGAAUUUAGUGUUUAAGAAAAAUUGUCAAGAUUUGGCAGAUUUUUUUGCAUGUUUUACAACAAUACUAAGAAUUUUUUUUUCUUGAAAAUCAUUUUUGCCGUGUAAAUAUCUAACAUUUCUUAAAUUAAGAUGCAUUUUCUUGAUUUGCAAAAUGACCUAAAAAAGUCGAGUUUUUGGAGAAAAACAAGCAAAAAAUCUGACCAAUGGGGUAAGAAAAAAACUUUUUUCUUAAACACUUAAUUCAAGAAAAAUGUUCUUACCCCACUGGUCAGAUGUUUUUGCUUGUUUUAAGCACAACUUCACUUAAAUUUGAUAUUUGUUCUCCAAAAACUCGACUUAUUUUUUUUCUCUGAAAAAGUCUCUUCAUUUAAAUAAUCUUAAUUUAAGAAUUUUUAGAUAUUUGUACUGCAAACAAGACAAAAAUACUAAGUAAAGAAUGUCAUUUUUGCAGUGUAUGAACCAUAGAAACCAGCCUGGUCAUCUUCAUAACAAGAUAGGAUAAUGAUAAACAUUUUCAACAUUUACAAAGUGUUUGUUGCAACUAUUUCUAAGAAUGGGUCCCAAACAUUAGAUUUAGCAGCUUGACCUUAAUGUUAAUUCUCAACCUUUAUUUCUCUCAUACCUCGUCUUCCAUCUUUUAUUUCUCCAUUUAUUUUGUUUUUGUGGCUUUCAUGACGUGAAGUCAAAGGUUUGGGGACAUCACACAAGUUAGGUUAGGUUUCUACACGACACAUUGUAACGUAAUCAAAGAUCCAUAAUCAAAUGUAAAACUAUAUAUUCCCAAAUAUUUAAUAGGCUAUAGGGAAUUGCACACAACAUACGAAGUUUUUUUAUUUUAAUUUUAAUAAAGUGAGAAUUUCUUUACCCGCCCCACCCAGCCGGUUAUAAGAUGACCCACACAUCACUAGUACUACAGUUAUUCUUUCUACUCCACAGUAAAACCGUAGUAAACAUUGAGGGAAUAACACUGAAAAACAUGUCUUAUGUUAAUGGUGGAAAUAACUCAUCUAUUUUGGCAGAAACUGUGAUUCCCGCCGUCAUUUUAAAAGACUUUAAUCCUAUCCAAUAUAACAUCACAUGUGAUGCAAGCAAACCACUGGAGUCCUGUCUAGACUUUAAGACACCGUGAUUUGAUUUAUCCUUGAGUUUAACAUUAGUAAAUGAUUUCAGUCUACGAUAAUAAUACGAUCAUUUAAAUCUUCUGUAUAUUUUAUUAUGAUUGAAAGAGUAUAUGUGUGUGUUAAGUGAGACAGGUAAAUAAAAGUAUCAGAUGUCUCUGUGUAGAUGUACAGAGCUCACGUGUAAUUUACAGGACACACAAGAUCACAACCCCUCAUUAUUCAUCCAAUACGAUUCGUUUUAUAGUCUGAGAGUCAAUAAAUACAUGAAGACAUUUCUUCCUCUCAGUGUUGAGUUUAGAGAUUGCUUGCAUUGCAUUUAGUGACUGACGUGCUGAGGACGGCACAUUUCAUUUGACCCGAGUAAAUGACCCAAACCAUUUCACCAAACAUUUCUUCGCUGGUGACUUAACCGAUCAACACUAACUUGUUCAACACAUUUAUAAAAGUCAAGCAGAACUGCAGUUUCUCUGUAAGUUGCUCUGGUUUUAUAAUAAGCAGAAUAUUUAAUAGGUUGUUUCUUGUUUAAUGAAAUAUUAUGGAGUUGAAAUAUAAACACUUUUAAUGGCACUUAAUUUGGGUUUAAACAGACUUCUGUCUAAAUGUAAAUGAAUGUCACUGAUAAACAUCUAUGUCCAUUAAAACAAAACUAACAGAAAUGAUAUCAGACUCAUGUGAACAUCACGAGCAUUGUUGUAAAGACAUGAAGGUAAAAACAUGAAAUAUUUUGCAUUAUUCAUUUAUAUCCUCACUGUACUUUUUUGAUGAUCUAUCAUUGCAUCAAAAUCCAAAGAUAACCUUUUAAUGUCUUUUUCACAGUCCUGUUUUAUUUCUAACAGCUUCAUUUCACCAUCCAGCUACGGCCUGAUGAAUGAAACCAUGCAGGUCACGUUUUCUGUUUCAUAAACGUCAUCAUAAUACAGAAGUUGGAUGUGUUGUUGACUUAAAUGAAAUGAAAGCGUGCACAUCAUUAGGGUUUAACUCAACAUGUAUGAAGAAUAUUAUGUGAUGUGAAGCGAGUCAUUCAGUACUGAGAAGUGAACUGCAGCUCGUGUUUCUUCACUUUCACAGACGUCUCUGUAG